AUGUCCAAGAUCAUUACUGUCUUCGGUGCCACUGGCCAACAGGGCGGGUCCGUCAUCCGCACGAUCCUCAACGACCCCGAACUUUCCAAGGAAUUCAAGAUCCGCGGUAUAACCCGCGAUGCUAGCAAACCAGAAGCCCAGGCAUUGGCCAAGCAGGGAGUCGAAAUCCGAAAUGCGGACAUGAACUCCAAAGGCUCUAUCCGGAACGCCCUCGAGGGCAGUCACUCUGUCUUCCUUGUGACCACUCCCGCCUGGGGUAUUGCUGGAUCUGAUGCAGAAUGGGUCCACGGCAAGAACGUUGCCGACGUGGCCAAGGAGUUGAACGUCCAGCAUCUCAUUUUCUCUUCUCUGCUCAACGUGACAGAGACCACAGCCGGACGUCUCAAGAAUGUCCAUCACUUCGAUCACAAAGCCCAGGUCGAGCAGUAUAUUCGCUCGCUGGGAGUUCCGGCUACCUUUGUCUUGCCGGGGUAUUUCAUGACCAAUUACUCUGUUGUUGGUCUGCUGCGGAAGGGCGAGAACGGGGUAUGGUCUCUUGCUUAUCCUGUUGGAAAGGAGGCUAAGUUUCCGUUGAUUGAUAUCGCGGGUGAUAUGGGUAAAUAUAUCGCCGCCUCUCUGAAGAAUCGGACAGAGACACUCGGCACGCAGAUCCUCGUGGCGGAGGAUUACUACACUUCUACUCGCAUUCUCGAAGAGUUCGAAGAGGUGACCGGACAGAAGUCCCAGUUUGUGCAGGUCGAUCCCGAAACGUACAAGUCAUUCAUGCCGGGUCCGAUGGGUCAGGAAAUGCUCGAGAAUCACCUCUUUAUUGGAAGCCCGGGUUACUUCAAUGGUCGGAGCCUCAACGAGAGUAAGGGUUUGGUGGCUAAGGCGGGGUAUAAACUCACCAGCUGGAAGGAAUUCUUGCAGCAGAACAAGGCUUCGUUUGCUUAG